AUGUCGGCAGCUUGUCUAGCCUGCAAGACACAGCAUCUCAAGUGCGUCUGGGGAGAAGGCGAACAAUCCCGGGCCUGCCGCCGGUCACCCAAGGAGGAUCAGACAUGGGUCCAGUGUCCGCGGCGGUUACGGUUUGUGGACGAGACGCAAGAUGUUGAGGCCCAGUAUUUGUCAGAGAGUCCGUGGCAGAUUGGCCAUCAAGAGAUAUCUUUUGCUGACUCGCCGGCGGAUCUCGAAUUGGCCGGGGCUGACGUUGAUGCGGAGCUCGUGAAUAGCUCGAGAGAGUUACGUUUGCCCCCUGCAGCCGUCUCACACGACGUUCCAGGACAUGGAGUCGACUGCAGUUUCACAACGGUCCCACAGAGUUCCUUGCUGGGGCUGGCCAACGUCGAGGCUGGUGACGUCUUUCCACUUACCAAACCUCAUGAAGUCCGGUUGAUGGAGUAUUACCGAGAUUACAUGUGCACCUGG